ACCGAGGCGCUGAUUCGGGGGAGUCAGAGACUCCGCCCAGGCCCGAGGAAACGGGCGCUUCUGCCCUCUCUCCCCUCGCGCGAGAGGAUCAAUCUAAGGCUAAGAAAUGGCAUUUCAAAAGGCAGUGAAAGGGACUGUUCUUGUUGGAGGAGGAGCUCUUGCAACUGUUCUAGGCCUUUCUCAGUUUGCUCAUUACAGAAGGAAGCAAGUGAACCUGGCCUUUGUUGAAGCAGCAGACUGCGUCUCAGAACCUGUUAACCAGGAGCCUCCUUCCAGAGAAGCUCAGAUACUGACUUUGAAAAACACGUCUGAAUUCGAUGUACUUGUCAUUGGAGGAGGAGCAACAGGAAGUGGCUGUGCCCUAGACGCAGUCACCAGAGGACUAAAAGCAGCCCUUGUAGAAAGAGAUGAUUUCUCAUCAGGCACCAGCAGCAGGAGCACUAAAUUGAUCCAUGGUGGUGUGAGGUAUCUUCAGAAGGCUCUCAUGAGGCUGGAUAUUGAGCAGUACAGGAUGGUAAAAGAAGCCCUUCAUGAGCGUGCCAACCUACUAGAAAUUGCUCCCCAUUUAUCAGCUCCGUUGCCUAUAAUGCUCCCAAUUUACAAGUGGUGGCAGUUACCUUACUACUGGGUAGGAAUCAAGCUGUAUGAUCUGGUUGCUGGAAGUAAUUGCCUGAAAAGCAGUUAUGUCCUCAGCAAAUCAAGAGCCCUUGAGCAUUUCCCAAUGCUCCAGAAGGAUAAACUGGUAGGAGCAAUUGUCUACUAUGAUGGACAACACAACGACGCACGGAUGAACCUUGCCAUUGCUCUCACUGCUGCCAGGUAUGGGGCUGCCACGGCCAAUUACAUGGAGGUCGUGAGCUUGCUCAAGAAGACAGACCCCCAGACAGGGAAAGAGCGCGUGAGCGGUGCGCGGUGCAAGGAUGUACUCACAGGGGAGGAAUUUGAUGUAAGAGCCAAGUGUGUUAUCAAUGCCACGGGACCUUUCACAGACAUCGUGCGCAGAAUGGAUGAUAAGGAUGCCGCAGCUAUCUGCCAGCCCAGUGCUGGCGUCCACAUCGUGAUGCCUGGUUAUUACAGCCCAGAGAGCAUGGGACUUCUUGACCCAGCGACCAGUGAUGGGCGAGUUAUUUUCUUCUUACCCUGGCAAAAGAUGACUAUCGCUGGCACUACCGACACUCCAACUGACAUCACACACCAUCCUAUUCCUUCCGAAGAAGACAUCAACUUCAUUUUGAAUGAAGUGCGUAACUACUUGAGUUGUGAUGUUGAAGUAAGAAGAGGGGAUGUCCUGGCAGCGUGGAGCGGUAUUCGCCCCCUUGUUACCGAUCCCAAGUCUGCAGAUACACAGUCCAUCUCCCGAAAUCACGUCGUGGAUAUCAGUGAGAGCGGCCUAAUCACUAUAGCAGGUGGAAAGUGGACAACCUAUCGAUCUAUGGCAGAAGAUACCAUAAAUGCUGCAGUCAAGACCCACAAUUUGAAAGCAGGACCAAGUAAAACAGUUGGGCUUUUCCUUCAAGGGGGCAAAGAUUGGAGCCCUACACUCUACAUCAGGCUUGUCCAGGAUUAUGGACUUGAAAGUGAGGUGGCCCAGCAUCUUGCUGCCACCUAUGGUGACAAGGCUUUUGAGGUGGCCAAAAUGGCAAGUGUGACGGGAAAGCGGUGGCCCAUUGUUGGGGUGCGACUUGUGUCAGAAUUUCCGUACAUUGAAGCAGAGGUGAAAUAUGGGAUUAAGGAGUAUGCCUGCACUGCAGUGGAUAUGAUUUCACGUCGUACUCGCCUGGCCUUUCUAAAUGUCCAGGCAGCAGAGGAGGCCCUACCCAGGAUUGUUGAACUGAUGGGCAGAGAACUGAGCUGGGGUGAUUCUAAAAAAAAGGAAGAACUUGAAACAGCCAAGAAGUUUCUGUAUUAUGAAAUGGGCUAUAAAUCUCGAUCAGAACAGUUAACAGAUCACUCUGAAAUUAGCCUACUGCCUUCAGACAUUGACAGGUACAAGAAGAGAUUUCAUAAGUUUGAUGCAGACCAAAAAGGCUUUAUUACCACUGUUGAUGUUCAGCGUGUAUUAGAGAGUAUCAGUGUCCAAAUGGAUGAAAAUACACUACAUGAAAUUCUGAAUGAAGUAGAUUUGAAUAAAAACGGACAGGUUGAACUCAAUGAAUUUUUGCAGCUGAUGAGUGCUGUUCAAAAAGGAAGGGUGUCUGGAAGCCGGCUUGCUAUACUCAUGAAAACUGCAGAGGAGAACCUCGACAGAAGAGUUCCCAUCCCCGUGGACCGAAGCUGUGGAGGACUGUGAGUCUGAGCAGUAAAUCCACAGCCAGCAAACACAGGAACAACAAACCAUCAUGUAACAAACCAGAGAUGACUUACACCAUCUAAAAUCGCGGAUGUGGAUAGCUGCCUUGUUUUAACACUGGGAAACGUUCCAAAGCUUUAGGAUGUCAAUGUAUACCCUUUAAUUUGUAUUUGCCAUUCAAUCAAGCUUCUUAAAAGUGUAUUUUAUCUUUUUUUUUCUCAUUUUCAAUGCGCACUGGUUUAAUGUUUUGCAUUUAUUUUGUGACCUGUUAGACUGGACAUGCUCCCUUUUUGUGUGUUUAUUCAUUUAUUCUAAGUCAGUUUUAGAGGCAGAAUAUUUUGGCAGAAAUUGAAAAAAGAAGCUGGAAACAUUUCAUGAUUUGCACAAAGCUCUGGACAUUAAGCUUGUUGAUAGUAUUUGUUCUUAAAAGAAAUUGAGUGGGGUGGGACCUAUUAAAACGAUAGUGUUUCUGGAGACCCCCUCAGCCCCUUCUUCCUCCAGCUUGUCUGCCUUCCUCAUCCAGACUUUAUAUCUAGAGCGUGACUGGCAAAACUGGAGAAGGAAGAAAAAGUUUAGAUCUGGUUAUAGGAGCAAACCUCAGAGAAACUCUGAAAGCUUCCAGAAUCACAGGUACAAGAUAUAAGGAUAGCAUUGACAUUUGCUGGGAGUUACAGUGAUAGUUUCAUCUCAGCAAUUCAUUUUUUUUCCCCAGUCACUGCUGGUUUUUCUUUGACUAUUACAGUUGCCAGGAAGAUCCUUGCUUUUCUUACUUUAAAACCAGCAUUUAAGUGGCAAGUUGGAUACAUUGGGAUGGGACUAAAUUUCUCAAAUCUUUACAGUAGUAAUAAAUUUAAGGAUUAAAAACCUGUGUUUAUAUGUCCACAUAUUAUAGCACAAUUUUCAAUCCCCAAACCCUAGAUCUUGGAGCAUGUGAUACUGUCAAACAUGACCGAUUUUGCUCAGGUUAUUGCAUCAUUUGGGGGAGUAUUUGUAAACGGAUAGUAAAAGAGGAUAGAAAUAGCCUUUAGUUAACUUUAGUUACAAUUAUUUAUAAAGAGCCACAAAAUUGCAGUGUUCAAGGUCAUUUUAAUUGCUUAAAGCCUUUCUCCUUCUGUACUCAAAAGAAAAGUUCUCAAUCAACCAAAAAGAAAAAGAGAAAACCACGCUCAACACACACACACGCAUUCCCCCAUCACACACAUACACACUCACAGAAAGACAAAACAAGACAAAAAAAUCAAUCUGCCCAUACCACUCUCUAUAUACUACCAAAUGUGAAAUAGAUAGCUAGUGGGAAGCAGCCGCAUAGCACAGGGAGAUCAGCUCAGUGCUUUGUGACCACCUAGAGGGGUGGGAUAGGGAGGGUGGAGGGAGACGCAAGAGGGAGGAGAUAUGGGGAUAUAUGUAUAUGUAUAGCUGAUUCACUUCGUUAUAAAGCAGAAACUAACACACCAUUGUAAAGCAAUUUUAUUCCAAUAAAAAUGUUAAAAAAAAUCAAUCUGCCCAGAAUUUAGUAAAUACGUAAUAUACUGAAUUUAAAGGGCCAAUUUGGUAUGCUUUUACAAUAGUUUGGUGGCAUUUUAGCCAGUCAUCUGAAUGUUUAUUCAUUGUGCUUCCUCUUGUGAAGUUAACUACCUACUUUUUUUUUUUUUUAAGAUCACGUUGUGUAUGACAUAGGAAAUGUGACCCUUUAUUUAAUGUCAGGUUUUCAUUGUGCAGACUCGAGACCUUAAUUUUUCAGACUGGUACAUAAACACUUUUGUGCUAUUAUUUCUAUAUAUGUCAACAUUGUAGAAUAUCUUUAUGCCUCAUUCACGUGGGGUAUGAGCCUGUCUGCCAUAAUAUACACACUGGAGGUUCACUCACCUAAGCCCCUACCUCUACCUCUGAAAUAAACAGUGAAGAUAGCACCUUAACUCAUUUUGCUUUUAAAUGAAGUUUAGACUUGCCACUUCCUAAAGGAAAACCUAAAACAGAGAAAGUGACCUCCCAGGUAUCACUGUGAAGUUUUUUCUUUUAAGGUGUGAAUUUUUUUUUUACACUGGUUUCUUCCUUCCUUUCUUCCUUCCUUCCUUCCUCCCUCCCUCCCUCCCUUCCUUCCUGUCUUUCUUUCUUUUUUAAUAAUAGAAGCACGUGGCUUUGUAACAGUGUUUUUCUAUCAAGACACUAACUUCACUGUUUAGAGCCCAGUGACCCUUCAUAGAUAGAAGAGCUGGCCUUUAAAACAUCAGAGACGAUGUACCACAGUAUUGUACAUUUGUGCUCUCUCUCUUUCUCUGUCUCCUUUUCUAGUUAAAUCAAGACAGCGAUGACUUGUAUCCUCCCUGAAUCCAUUACAGUAGGGACCAGGCUUAUCACCUGACUGGCCUGGGCAGAGCUGUAUUUCAAAAGAGGCCUUGUUUCUGCAUGCUUUGUUAUGAGUGAAGUUCCUUUAAGGACAAAGAAAAACGCACUUUUCUUCUUUUGAGCAUAUCUGCUUUUGCUUAAAAUCUGCUAAUUCUAAAACAUACGCUCCUUCACCAAUCCCAGAGACUCAUCUUGGAAACGAGCUGGUUCCAAGUCUUUACUGUGAAUAAAGCACCCCUGCAUUUUUGUGUAAGUUCUUAAUUAAACCUGUACAGCUUCUUU